AUGACUGAGGCUCGUUCAGUCAUAAAAGUCCCCGUGUCUGGUCUCCCAGAGCGCCACCACGAUGUGUUUGAACACGCGGUACGAAACGUGCUCUCGACUGAAACAGCUCGAACGACAUAUGCACAGAUCAUCGACGGGUUUCCGAUUGCGAGCGUUGCCCAAGACAAGCGCUGGUAUGAUAUUGACUAUGAGCAUCCUGUUUUCAAGAGCAACCAUGACCAGCUCUGCCCCGGAGCUUGGGAGAAGAUGGAAGAGUUCCAUGCUUCCUUUGAUAUCGACGUCUUGUCCAUGGACGAGCGUGUAAGCCGACCUAUUGACUUGACCCCUGGCCCGUCAUUAUAUGGGAUACGUUGGAUACAGACCACUAACAACAUCAAUACUGUCAUUCAGCUCUUACAUGCGUAUAGCGCAGAGUCAGUCGGCUCCCGAGCCUUUCAGCUGCGGUUGAUUGAGAUGGUUGCGGUUGCGGUACAUCAGCUCGCGGUCAUGCUGCACAAGCUAGGAGACUUGAAACAACACGACGAGUGGAAGUCUUGGAAGCCGCCCAAUCGAUACAUUGGGCCAGACUACUCGCCUGAUCCAAAGCCUUACCCGACCCUUUUCGUUCAUUGCCAUUUCAGAGCAUACCCACAGUACCCUGACGGCGUGGCGGAUAUGGUUGGCUACUGGGCCGAAAACCGGAUUCUCGGUGGUGUUGUUCUUUUUGACAGGGGAGAAUCUGGAAAUCAAUGCCGCGAGGUCUUUUUCCACUCGGAUCGGAAGAAUGUGACAGAUCGAAUCUACGCUCUCACGGAAGAGCAAAAACAGAAUCUAUCUGCCUUUUUCGCCCACACGUCAAACCAGCAGAGUAGCCUCUUGCCCAUCGUAGGCGAUUCGAGGAACCGGGUUCGCGUGAAUCACGAGGACGCGGUAUUCAUGUUCCAUGUCUACCGCGACAGAUGGGAACGGGAGGUGCUGGAUUAUCGACAAUACCCUAGACGGUGCAAGGAGAUUGCUCUUGACUACCCGGAGAUGGAGGAUGAUAAUCGGAACUGA